CUGCCAGUAGCACGUGUGCUUCGGAGAAACUGUAACUCCGGUUUCAGGGGGACUUCCUGACAAAUUGUGAAUUCAUUGAUGCAUUUCAUGAUAUUCUGGUGUUAUAUCUGAUACGAGAGUUUUUAGUUCUUAACAUCAUGGGGACUAAAUCAUUCGGCUUCGUCGUUUACUUCGUCGUCGGUUGCAUUCAUCUACGAGGAGAUGCAGCAGACACGCGGAUGGAGCAGCAGUUUGAGAAGUGCUGCGGUUUGGGAACAGAUUGGGCAUCGGAGGGACUCAGAUGCGAGAAAUUUGCAGGGCCGGUUUCGGGGGUUCCCGCGGUUGAGCAGGCGAUGUGCCUUGAGACUGUUGAUAUCUGUUGUAUAAGGGAGAACCAUCGGAAGAAUUGUGAGAAGGGAAUGAACAAGGCGAGAAAAGGUCUCAGUUGUACUGAGAGCUCCAAGGCUAGGGGAUCUGGGAGUGGACGGACUGAUGGGUACGAACAGGAUUGCUGUGAAGGCUGCAAACUCGGAAUUCUGAGUGGCUCUUUGGGGCAAAAUUGCGCGUUCAAAGCCUUUCGCUUCGGCAAACCCUGGGACUCGGCCUUUUUAGAGUGCUGUGACGAGGCAACCGCCUCAUCAUCAACGACGAAUGAUGAUCACAGUGUAUCUUCUGGAAGUACUACGAACAUGACAGUAACCACUCCUUCGAGUGUCUCCACCGAUUCAACGGAUUCCAGCGAAGGCUCGUCUACGCAAGAGUUGACUUCGUCUUCUACGAGUGACGGGAAUGUAUCAACACCUGUUCCAGACGACUUGUGUAAGAUGUUCAAAGGUCUCCUCUGCUCCCACAUUUGCGUGCCAACCCCAGGGUCUUAUAGUUGCGCGUGUCCCAAAGGGUACGUCUUACUCGAAGACGAAAAAACGUGUCGCACGGAUGGACCAAUCACCGAAUCCUCCUCUUCCUCGUCGGCGAUGCCCACCGAGUCGACCUCAUCCACGGCGACGGAUGGAUCCUCACCAACGGAGGCUUCGUUGCGCUGUCCCCUAGGCUACCGCUACAAUCCAUCCACCAAUGUCUGCAAUGGACCGGAGGAUUAUGAGGAACACGAGGAUGGACAGCAGACGUGCCCACCUGGUUACCAGUGGGAUCAAGAGAUUCACACAUGCGGAGCAACUAAUCCCCCUGAUUCCCUCAAAGACAUAGAUGAGUGUGCGAACGGCAAGUUCGUAUGCCCCAGCGACAAGCCGACAUGUGUCAAUGGUGCCGGGGGGUACAAAUGCGUUAAACAAGAGACGCCCCGUCCAGACGACGAUGACGACGUGGAGAACAUCAACGCCAAUGAAAUCUCAAAUCCUGAGAACGGAGGAAGUUCAAUGAAAGAGAGUCCUCUUCUCCCGCAGAAGCAAUAUCAAACUUCUGAGAAGCUGCGAUCUGAGAAUGAAGGAAUUUCAAAGAAAGAGAAUACAUUCGCCCUCCUCCCGAAGAAAUCUCAAACUUCUGAGAAGCUGCGAUCUGAGAAUGAAAGAAUUCCAAAGGCAGAGAAUGCACUUCCCCUCCUCCCGAAGAAAUCUCAAACUACUGAGAAGCUACGAUCUGAGAAUGAAGAAAUUUCAACGAAAGAGAAUCCUCUUUUCUUCUCGCAGAAGCUUCAUUCUAUGAACGAAGGAAUGUCAAAGGAAGAGAGUCCUCUUCCCCUCCCGCAGAAGGCAUCUCCAACUCUUGAGAAGCUUCGAUCUGAGAACGAAGGGAUUUCAAAGAAAGACAGUUCUCUUCUCCUCCUGCAGAAGCAAUCGCCAACUCCUGAGGUGCAACGGCCAUCGGGGACCCUGAGGAGACCCUGCCCCCCCGGUUACCGUUUCAACGGUUUCAAAUGCGCCGACAUCGACGAGUGCUCGGAGGGUCCAGGCUGUCAGGAGCACGAGCGCUGUUCCAAUCGUCUCGGGGGCUACGACUGCCGCCUCCUCUGCAACGCAGGCUGGUACUUCGACAGGACCUCGAAGACCUGUCAGGACGUGGACGAGUGCCUCCUAGGGCGCCACAACUGCUCCCAGCCGACCCACUCCUGCCACAACACAAACGGCUCCUUCGUCUGUCUCCCAGUGCCCCCAUGUGCCCCAGGGUAUCGCAGAGGCCUCGACAGGUCCUGCGUUGACGUAGACGAGUGCCUGGAUCAUCUCCACAAUUGUCGACUGGAGUAUCACCAGUACUGCGUGAAUAGGCCCGGUGGCUUCGACUGCAUCACUCGUCUCCCUGAGUGCGAGGAUGGGUACAAGUACUCGUUGGUCACCAGAGGCUGCGAGGAUGUCGAUGAGUGCAGGAAUCCCGCGGGCUCCCCCUGCGAUCAUCGGCUGCAGGAGAGGUGCGUCAACCUGAAGGGGUCCUUCAGGUGUGAACGACCGGCUGAAGUCGUCAGCCCUCAGAGGAGCAGACCUGCUUGUCCUCCUGGGUAUCGGUAUGAUGUUAUGAGAAGACAAUGUCACGAUAUCGAUGAAUGUAGAGAGAAGACGGACAUAUGUGGCCAUGAGGUAUGCUACAAUCAACCCGGGGGUUACAGUUGUGCUCAAGCACCAGCUCCGAUAACGAAUGGACAGAUUCGUCAGGAGACGUUACCCACUUCCGGCCCCAUGAAGUGCUCGCCGGGUCUGAGAUUCGUCAGGAAUCGAGGGUGUGUCGACAUCAACGAGUGCGAGGAGAUCCAGGAUGUCUGCACGAGUAAUGAGGAGUGCGUUAAUACCGUUGGGAGUUAUACUUGCAAUUGUCGGACCGGAUUCAGACGAGAUAAUUUAACUCAGGCCUGCGUCGACAUAAACGAGUGUCAACUUCCGAACGACUGUCUCUCAACCCAGAGAUGUGACAACACCCUAGGAAGCUACAACUGCGUGAGAUUCCUCCCCUGCGGUACAGGCUACACUCUCAACGCAGCGACUGAAAUCUGCGAGGACGACGAUGAGUGCGUCCUGGGUACUCACGACUGCGGGGAGGGCUACCACUGCAGGAACACCUUAGGUUCCUACCGAUGCAAUAAGAACCCGAGAGGCUCUCAACAGAAUCCCCCACCCCCCAGGACCACAACUCGACGCCCCCCAACAACACUCGCCCCAACGACCACGACGAUGAUGACUCCAGUAAUCGGGUCGAGGAAUGAGCCCGAGAGAACUUGCCCGAGAGGUUUCUUCAAAGGAGGUAGUGGAGAGUGCAUAGACAUCGACGAAUGCGCCCUUGGGCCGUCGAACCCCUGCAGUCAGUCCUCUCUCCAACAAUGUGUCAACACUAUAGGCUCCUACCGAUGCGUCUCGCGAGUCAUUUGCGGUGCCGGCUUCACCCUGGACCCGAAAACAAAUUCCCAUUGCGUUGAUGUCGAUGAAUGCGCCGAAGGCACUCACAGGUGCAAGCCCAGGCAGACCUGUGAGAACCGUCCAGGUGGUUACGCCUGUGCCUGCCCCCCAGGACACGCUCUCACCGCCAACAGAGACUGCGUUGACAUCGACGAGUGCAGCAUCUACGCCAGGAGCAUCUGCGGUGCCACUGGAAAAUGCGAAAACACUGUUGGAUCCUUCAAGUGCAUUUGUGACUCGGGUUUCGCGAGGAUCGAGGGGAGCAAUGCCUGCGAGGACAUCAACGAGUGCCAAAGGGUCUCGGGAAUCUGCCAGCAUGACUGCAUCAAUGUCUGGGGGAGCUACAAGUGCAUCUGCAAACCCGGGUACAGUCUCAAUAAUGACAAUCGCUCCUGCAGCGAUAUCGAUGAGUGCCAGAUGUUCAAGGAUAAUAAUCUGUGCGUGGGCUUCUGCGAUAACACCCCGGGAAGCUAUUCCUGCAGGUGUCCUGAUGGCUACAGACUGGGGGAGGAUGGGAGAACGUGCCAGGAUAUCGAUGAGUGCGCCGCUGGAGCGGUCUGCAGGGAUCCCAGUGACAUGUGUCAGAACACCAGGGGCGGGUACAGGUGCAACAGGAUUCAGUGCCCUCAGGGGUAUCAUCGGGACCAGGAGAGGAAGAACCGAUGUGUACGCGCCUCCCGCUACUGCCCAUCUGGCGACAUCUCCUGCUAUCAAUCACCCUCCCACUUCUCCUUCAACUUCAUAACAUUCGUGAGUAUGCUGCCAAUACCCCGCACUGGACAAUUGGAACUCUUCACAAUGAGGGGAACUCACCUUCCUGGGUCAAUAGUGCGAUUCAGCAUGGCCCUGGUCGACGCUCGAGCACCUCCAGGAGUCACUCGAGCCACUGAGUCAUGUUUUGCCUUGAGAAGACCCUCGCCCUCGCAAGCCGUACUCGUUCUGACGAGAAGUCUUCCUGGACCCCAAGAGAUUGAACUCGAUCUCAGCAUGGAAAUAUAUCAUGAUACAGCAUUUGCUGGAAGUGCUGUUGCUAAACUCUUUAUUUACGUGACGCAGUUCGAAUUUUGAGGGUGUUAUAAUAGGAAAUCACAAGUAUUCUCCAGUUUUCUUCCAGUUGUGGAAAGAAAUGAUGUAUAAUUUUAAGAAACAAAUGCAGAUUAAUUGUUGAGGAAUUGAAUAAAAU